ACUUCGGUCGCUUUACUUACACUGUGAGAAAGUUUCGGCAUGAAUUUCGUGCUGUAGUUGCGCAUCUCGUGUAUAAAUCAUGACGAUUAUCAGCCUUACUGUGCGCCUCCGGACUCCUGAAAACUGAAAUUGAAUUUGAAGGUUGUCAAAGAAAUUGUGGCCAAGGGCUGCUAUCUUAGCAAUCAGAGCCGACCAUGUCUCUACAGCCCUUUAGUGACAAGCAGCUCAAUUAUUUCAAGUUUGCCUCCAUUGUGUUGGAUGAGUUCGCAAGCGCUCUACGUCAGACAUUCAAGUCCAUGUGGGACAACACCUUUGGACAUCGCCUCGGAUAUCAACUGUGGGAUGACUCCACAGCAGUAAGGAAGUUGUUUCUUGCCGAAGAGGGUGGCAAAACAAAAGUUCCCACGCACCUCUCCUAUGAAGAAUGGGACUGUACAGCCCUUUUUCAGACCACCAUUUAUGCGAAGUCCUUCGCUAUGCCUGACAGUACAGGUCAUAAGAGGACUCUCGCUGAAUUGUACAUGAAGCACUGUAGGAUACCUCAUGGAAAGUUUCAUGCAUCUGUGGUGAGUCCGAGUGGAAACCAGGCCGAAACGUUUGCACUCGCGAUUGAUCAGCUUCGAUUAUUAAGAAAUUCACUUUGUCACUCAGAAAAGUCAGAGAUUGAUAAACCAACUUUUGACCAAUACAUGAAGCUGGCUAAAGAAGCAUUCCAAGCUCUCGGUAUCAAGACAAACCCAAUUGAUGCCAUCGGUGGUUUGGCAGGGUCCGACUUUCCCACGAAAAAAGUUUGCAACCUAAAUCAAGGUAUCAAUCAGGAACUUCGAGCGCGAAUCCAAUUUCUUGAAGGGGAGAGUUCAAGCAUGGACGAAUUAAAAGCGUUAGCGAAUGCAAUAAAGGAAAAAGUUGAAGUUGGAGCAAGUAAGGAAGACCUGGUUUUGAUGAAGAAAAAGAUAGAUGAAUUGCAAGAAAAAAUUUCUAAAGACCAGAAAGAUUCAAAAACAUUGCUUUCGCCAUCGUGUCUUCCUCCAAUGGUUCCACACUUCACUGGCCGCCAAAGAGAGUGUGAAGAUAUCGUCAGUCGCGUAGCUUCCACAUCUACCCGAAUAGUGUCGGUAUGGGGCUCGCCUGGUUUUGGAAAAACUUCUGUGGCAACUGUUGUGGGUCAUAAACUCCAGGACAAAGAAUUGCCUGUCUACUUCCUCUCCUUACGAGGACUUAACUCAAACACCGAUCUAAUAUCAAACAUGUUCAGCUUUUUCAGAAGUUCCUUUACGAAAGAUGAAAGACCGCAGCGGCUGCCGAUCGUUGAAGAACUGUUUCAAGUUCUCGCCGAGAUUUCAGACGAGUUCGUGAUGAUUCUUGACAAUGCUGAUGACUUACUCGAAAGUGGAGCACCUAACGUGAAAGAACGUUUCGUACAAUUUCUUCAAAACAUUCUCAGUCGAACAAAGAAAGCAACUUUUGUUAUUACUACGAGGCAAUCUCUUGAAUUCAUGGAUGUGCACUUUGAAGGCCACCAGGCAGUGAGACUAGGGCCAUUAGAUGAGUCCUUCUCUCAAGCGUUGGUGAGUAAGUUGCUUCCAAAUGCUAUUACCGCGUCUGAUUGUGAGGAAAUUGCGAGAGUCUGCGGGCAUGUACCUCUGGCCAUUAAGCUGUUGUGUUCCUCCAUUUCUGAAGAUAACACUAAACCAAGUCAGUUUCUUGAGGACUGCAAGGAAUCUAUAGAAAAAAACAUUGUCGAAGUGUUUGAUAAUCCAGACUAUCCCAGCAAUCUGAGAUUAAAAUUGUUACUUGAAUCAUCUUUUCUACGACUUUCUGCGCAGGAGAAAGAAGUGCUGGUGACUCUGAGUAUUCUAUCAGAAGAUUUUAACCUCUCAGUUGCGGCAGCAGUCAUGGGUGUUAAAACAAACUUCGAGGCUAAAAAGAUCUUACAUAGGCUUCGGAGGAAAUCGUUUCUCGACUCUGGUUCCAAACCUGAUUCACUUUCAAUGCAUAAAUUGCUUCUGUCCUAUGUUAGAGAAAGAGGAGAUAAUGAAAUGAAAGAAACGGUGCUGAACGCAAAAGUGCGCUUUUCUGCAUUUUACGUUUCUCUUUUUGAGAAGUUGAACGAACAGUUCUUGACAGGACAUUCAAUGGCAGCAUUUAAUAAAUUCUAUGAGGAGAAGCAAAACAUUAUUCAGAGUAUAACAGAACGUUGUUCAGAUCCUAGGACAUGUGAUACUGUUUUUGGUGUUUUGAUAAAAGCAGAGAUUUUUCUAGAUUCCCUAUUCUGGUGCGAGGAAGAACGCUUCGACAAAAUUUACGAAUCAGCAAUCAAUCUGGCGAAGAAGCUUGGAAAAGGCGUCUUUUAUAAACAGUUAUUAGUUUCCCUUGCUUUUAGUCAAAUGUAUUGGCGCACCGGAGGAAGAACGAUGAAGCUGCUUUCCGAGGCCGAAGACGAGCAAGUGUCAUGUUCGUCUUUCUCAGCAGAAUGGGAAGGAAAACUCUUCUGUUAUAGAGGCAUCUGUCAGGUAGCUUCUGGAAAAACAGAAGACGGAGUUCGAAACUUAGAAGAAGCUCUUUCUUUGAUGUCUAGCAACGCUGAACAGAGAAUUCUUACGAUAAUUGCAAUUCAAGUUCUCGCUAUCUGUCAUCGCUUUAAGAACCACUUUUCAGUUGCGUCACAGUUUUAUAACAAGGCGUUGCAAGAAUGCGCGGCAGCGGGAGACACAAGUCUUCUUAUCAUUCCUCCAAUGAGAAGCAAAGACUUUAACGCUGUUGAUCAUGGACUUCUAAAUCGAAAGCCAGAUUUUCUUAUCACUCAACCACUUAAACUAGAAAUGAUCUGUGUCGUUGGCGAAGCAUCGAAGCAUUUAUUCGAUGACAAUACCAAGCAAUCAGUGAGCGAUGCUGUGAUUCAAAUGGCGAAAGAAAUACAAAACACGAUCUCUCUGAGAUCAUUUAGCCUUUGGAACUUACAGCGCAACGUCUCUGCUACACUCAGGGAUGUGGUGGUACAACCUAAAGAAGCAACAAGGUUAUCCGCUGCAAGCAUUAGUUUUCAUGAGAUGGCCAUUAAGCAAUGUAGAAAAAG